UUUUCACACCGCGGGACAUUCAUUCAUUUUGGUGGGCCUCUGAAUAAAAAUAUCUCGAGACACAUUUUCGAUUCGUGACGCAACCACGAAGCUUUACACCUGUUGUAACUUCACGUCAAGUCUUUGAUGAAUGAGAAUAGCGUUACAUACAACUAGAGCUGCAAUUUGCAUGGAAAGACUACGAUAAAUACACCUUCCUUUUCGUGUGCCGAAAAUUCCAUUGCGAGAAGCAUGGCCGUGAGAAAGUUGGCAGGGAAUGUUACCCUUGAAAAAGUGAUUGUAAACAAUUCCGUAUUUAGGGCGGUAGUAUACACAUACGUGAUGUCAUCACGCGUAACAGAGACGAAGGUCGUUGGGCGUGCUGCUGUACGAUUUUUACAGAACCAGUUACGUUGGAUUUUGAGGGUCCUUUUGAAAUGAACGCUGGCCACCGGUCCACUUGCUGGGCUCCAUCGAUAAUACAUUCUUGAAAAGUUAGUAGUCGUGAACAGGUUGUUGUAUACAUUAACCAUUUCAAUAUUUCUCCAGUGAUUAUCUCUGUAUGUGUUGAAAAAAACGUUGUCAACAUGUUGAUGUCUCUCAACGGCUAUAGAGAUCAAGCUGUGCUACGACACAGGAAAAGAAGUGUUAUUUUUCAAUGGCUGACAGCGAUUUUCCUAUUCGUCAAUCUUGUUGCUUGCCUCACUUUGAUCAGCGCCAUUUGCAAUCAAAAUGAGCUGCUGAAAGCAACGAGAUCGAAUGAGGAGGGCGUCUAUUUCACUCCAAAUAUCAACACGGCAAUGCAUAACCAUCCAGCAACUGCGUUUCAGGGUGCAGCGGCCAACGGCAGUGCACGGCACGGCUCAAUGUCCUAUACCUUGUUGGAUUCUUCUCCACCCUGUUGCAGAGCGGCUCUCUCUGCCCGCUCCUUCUCUCUCCUCGCCAAACGGCGUUGAUGACUCGGGCUCCAUUCAGCCUUGUUCGGACGCUUGGCCUUUCGAACUUUCACAGCCGGAGCGUCCGGGACUGCGGCAGGUUCCUCAACAUCUUGGGGAGGAACGAUGUCAGCCAAAACGUUGUCUGCUUGGGGCUCAUCAGUCGGUGCAGUCACCGCAGCAUCUUCGUCAUCGGCCGGUACAUCGGCUGGCACAUCGGCCGGUACAUCGGCCGGUACAUCGGCUGGCACAUCGGCCGGUACAUCGGCUGGCACAUCGGCCGGUACAUCGGCUGGCACAUCGGCC